AUGGCGAAGUCGUCUUUUUUCACGGACGUACUUCUGCAAGGAGUGAGGCUUCCUCUACAGCCCGCCGUUAAGAGGAUCUUAGCGCAGAUAGGCUAUGCUCCCGGCCAGUUCAACCCCAACUUCUGGGUAGCGCUAAUGGGUGUGGUCACAGCCUUCGGCAUGGCUGGCGAGGGAGAGCCUUCGUACGAGUAG